AUUUCUUUGCUUAUUGCUUUCCUCCAUGUUCCUCUUUAAUCAUUUCAUUAAGAAAUUUGAUUUAUCUCCCACACCCACCAAAAGGGCCUCUUAAUUUGCCCCACCAUCUACGGUAUACUAUCACUGAAAGUUGUAAAGUUUUAUGAUUCCUGUCAAACUCCCACCAUGGCUCUCUGCAAUUCAAUUGCAACAAGACGCAGCCUGCAAAUAGAGGCUCAUUUGGGCUAACACGUCGCAUAUGAGAAUGAAUAUAAGGAUGUGACAGUGUCAUCGGAAGGAAUACUGCGCAUUUAAAGAAACUUGUCUUCACUUCCCUUCUCUUAUCCCUUCUUCCUCUUCAUUUACAUCCUCUCAAUACAAAAUCUUGGUCCCCAAAUGAUAAUUUUGUUACUUAUAAUCUAAUCUCUCAAUUGCUUCUAGUACUAGAGCUCCAUCAACAAGAAACGAAACACCCCACAAUGAAGAAAUUUUCCUUUCCGGAUUCUGUAACUUUCGCGGAAAAACCAAGCCAAUUUGCGGAAUGCUGGUUUGACGAUGCAUGCAUCCUUGACAUGGACUACUUUGUGAAGACCAUAGCCGGCAUAAAAGAGAAGGGCGUCCGGCCUGACCUCAUUGGCUCAAUCAUAGCUCACUAUGCAUCAAAAUGGCUGCCGGACCUGUCCAAUGACGACUCAAAAAUGGGUCUAACAAACUUCGAAGAAUCAACAGAAAGUGUCACUGCUUCAUGGAUGAAGAAGAGGUUUUUCGUUGAAACUUUAGUGGGAAUUUUACCUCCUGAGAAGGACUCUCUUCCUUGCAACUUUCUUCUUCGCCUUCUCCGAAUUGCUAACAUGGUGAACGUGGAGCUGACCUUCAGAGAGGAGUUGGAGAAGAGGAUUUCAUGGCAACUGGAUCAAGCUUCAUUGAAAGAGAUUUUGAUACCAUCAUUUAGUCACACCUGCGGGACUUUGCUUGAUGUUGAGUUAGUUUCGAGGCUGGUGAAGAGAUUCAUUAACUUGGAUAGUGAAGGAGCUAAAAGUGGAGCUGCUUUGGUUAAAGUUGCUAAGCUUGUUGAUUGUUUUUUGGUUGAAGCCGCCAUGGAUUCCAAUUUAAGCUUAUCAGAGUUUGUUGAGCUCGCCAGUGUUCUGCCUAGCCAUGCCCGUGCUACCGACGAUGGACUCUACCGUGCCAUUGAUACUUACCUUAAAGCACAUCCAGGGGUCCCAAAGCAAGAAAGAAAACUUCUAUGUAGAUUAAUUGACAGCAGAAAACUGUCACCAGAAGCAUCACUUCAUGCUGCCCAGAAUGAACGUUUACCUGUUCGAGCAGUGAUUCAAGUGAUUUUCUCUGAGCAAUCUAAGCUCAAUAAACAGCUCGAAUGGAGUGGCUCAUUCAGCGGAACCAGGAGCCCUUUAAUUGGGCUCGACCCACCUGGAGCUCGUUGCCUGUCAAAACGAGAAGUGAAUUCUCAGCAAAUGGAGAUAAAGAAGCUGAGAGAAGAUGUGUUGAGGCUUCAAAGCCAAUGCAACUCCAUGCAAGCGCAAUUGGAGAAGUUGAUGGAUAAAAGGAAGGGGUUCUUCAGGUGGAAGAAACUAGGAAUAAUGCCUUCAUCGAAGAUGACGACUCUCAGUGCUGUUGAAGAAAGUGAAAGGGAAGGAGAUGCAAUGUAUGGAAGACAAACGCCUGCAGUGGACAUGAAAACAAGACUGGUUAAAUCAGGCAGGAAUCCUCCAAAGUCGAGAAAAUCCAUGUCUUAAUUUGUGAUAAGAUUUAAAUUGAAAAUUAGUUGGUAAUUGAAGUAAGUAUGUUUCAACUUGUUUGUUAAAUUGGGUUUGAUGCUUGAAUUUGCGAGAAAAUAAUGUGGUGGUUGAGCCUUCAUGUAUAAUAACAUGUUUGUUCUUAGUUACAUAGAAAAAAACAUAUAAUCGGAUAAUAAUAUGUUAUUA